GAUUUGCGGUAAUCUGCUUCAGCUAUACGUGAGCCUACAGUGUUAGUGAGAACAUCUCGGCAUUAACUACUGAAUUUGUUAGCGCGUCUCCUCCAAUUAUAAGAGAUCGGAUGGGGACGAUGGCGACCGGAAAGCUAAUCAUUCUCUCCGCCGUUUUGUUCGCCCAAGCUUUAUCCGCGCCGAGCGGCUGCAUAGAAUCCUGCAACUUCUACGAGCAAACAUCCUCAUAUCAGAACCGUCAAACCGGAAAUUACCAGGAUCACGCGGGUCUGGUUCAGGGUGGUACGAGCUUGAACGAUCACGAUUACGUCAGACCGGGCAACUGGACCGAGCGUAACCAGUACAAUACGGAUGGCGGGCGUGGGAAGGUCCACGAAGAGCGAGGGCAGUAUGUGGAGGGCUCCAAGAGGGUCCGCUACUACAAGAAGAACUUCACCUCGUCCUCCGGUAACGUGAACGCGCUGACGGACCUGGGGAGCCAACAUAGGUACGAUUCGUUGCACCUUCCCAGCAGUCAGCACCUGGAGUCCCCAUUUAGGGAGCAGGAAUUGGGCCAGACGGUUACGAAGGAGAGCGGGUACAGCAGGGUUCACAGCCAGCAGUCCUCCAGCAGGGUGGGCGGCCAGAGCGAGAGGCUCGAGGACUUCGGGGAGUACGGCGGGCAACAUGGAGUCCACGUUCAGAGCGUCACACCGGAGAACUGGAGCAGGGUGGACUCCCACAGGAAUGUACUACAGGAGCUGGACCAGUUCAGACGGGAGUUCCAUCAGCAAACAGCUGGUCUGGCUCAGGAAGCGGCCCGCAGCUUCCACGGCAGUGAUCUCCAGACCGCCGAGAGCGAGAACUCUUAUGGACAUCACCAAGCAUCUUCGGGUUACCGUCGUGUUUAUCCGUCCACUGGAACUGUCCGUCACUAUAGCGAUCAGCAGCAGGCAGAAACGUUCGUUGAUACUGGAAGACAACAGUUAGUGCAUCCCAAUACCAACUAUGGCCAGACGGAGAGCCAAAGGAACUAUCAGAGUCAGGAGUCUUACGUGUCCCGAGUGCAUCCUGUUCCUCAACCGAGUUACCCGGUGCAGGUUACCGGAGGUAACUACCAGGCGCACAGCUAUUCAGGCGGACGUCAUCAUGUGGACGAAAGCCAGAGGGCGGAGAUCUCCAGUGCGCAUCAGAAUCGGCUCUUCACCGAGCGAGUGCACAAUCCACAUCCGACUUAUUCCAGUAGACGAGACGAGAACAGACACUACCAGGAGGAGCACUGGCAGAGUUCCGGGGGAAGUCUAGUUCCUGAACGUAGCACUGAUCUUACGGGGUUACAUGGAAUUGGUAGUAGAGUCCACAACGAGCAGCGAGGGAGUUACCACAGCACAGCCAAGGGAUAUGACUCUCAUGUUGGGAGCAGUUACAGUUCCGGAUACGGAAGCAGCUCCGGACAGAAGCUAGUGGCUGCCGGAUCAGCGUUGGACCUAGGGAGAACCGGACACGGCGCCGACUGCACCGAAGAGACUCAUCAGCAUUACCAGCACGAGACCAGUUAUCACAGAAAGUACAAACGAGACGCUCAACACGCGCUGCAGGAUCAGGAGUUCGAGCCGGAUUCGGAAAAACUCAAUCUGACGCAGCAGUCGGAGGACUUUACGCAACAGGACGAAGAGUUGACGCAACAGGACGAAGAGUUGACGCAACAGACGAAGGGUCAACUCGAGUUCGGUCAUCCACAUGAUUUUACACAGCAAAAUGAAGAAUUUGCGCAAAUGGUUAGUGACCAAUUGGCAAGACGUUUGGAGCAGUUAAGGCAACAAAAUAAAUGGUUGUCGCAGGAGAUGGAGGGUCAACUUGAAUUCGGACAGCAGACUUCCGAUGAUCAGCAACAGAACGAACGGUUUACGCAACAAGAAUCUAACAAGCAAACCCAACAAACAGGUAAACUCGAAUUUGACCAGCAAAUGGUUGGUAAUCAGCACUUGAAGGAUUUAACGCAACAGAAUGAACAGGAGACAGAAGGGCAACUCGAGUUCGGACGGCAAACCUUCAAUGAUCAUCAUCUGACACAAGAAAAUAAACACUUUAUGUCGCAAGAUUAUGAAGAUCUCACGCAGCAAACGAGUGGGAAACUUGAAUUCGAUCAUCAAACCGUUGGUGAUCAACAGGCGGAGGAUCUGAAACAGCAAACUGAACAAUUGAAUGAUUACACGCAACAGUUUAUAGAUAAAUUGCAAUUUGGACAGCAGACUGCUGACGAUGAACACUUUACGGACUCUAUCGGUAAAUUGCAAUCGCAAUCAUCGGAUCAUCUGACACAGGACAAUAAACAUUUCAUGUCACAAGAUUAUGAAGAUCUCACGCAACAAACGAGUGGGAAACUUGAAUUCGAUCAUCAAACCGUUGGUGAUCAACAGGCGGAGGAUCUGAAACAGCAAACUGAACAAUUGAAUGAUUACACGCAACAGUUUGUAAAUAAAUUGCAAUUUGGACAGCAGACUGCUGAUGAUCAACACUUGACAGACUCUAUCGGUAAACUGCAAUCAACAGACAAACCUGGCAAUCCAAAAAAUCAACACUUAGAAGAGUUUGACAGUGAAGAAUUUCCUCAACAGGGAAGACACGAUGAAAUUAACACGCAACAGACAACGGGACAGCUGGAAUUUGGACAGCAUGGACCCAGUAAUCCAAAGAUCGAUCACCAUCCGGAAGAUUUUACUCAGAACGAAGACUUAACUCAACAGGUUGGAGGAUUUGGCAAUUUUCCACCGUCGGGACACUUGGAACGGUCAAGAGAGCAGGAACUUAACUGGCCGGGAUACAAUCCUCGACAUCCGGAACAAUUUUCUCAACAGAACGACUGGAAUGUAGAUGUAGAUCUCUCACAGCAAUCGCGAUAUCCGUCCUACGACAAUAAUAAUAAUAAACAGUCAGACUGGCAAGUGGACAUGUCGCAGCAAGAUUUCACUCAACAAACUGAUGAUCAACAAUUGGCGAGGAAACCGGCACCGAAGCCAAAACCCAGACCACGAUAUCAGCAACACGAUUCCUCAAUUUUAUCGCAUACAGAAGGACCGGAUGCGGAUGUCGAUGAUAUCUUCAAACCGAUCGAAAUAAAUCCGGAGACUGAUUUUCCCAAUCCUCAGGAAACAAUCAUCCAACACAGCGGUCGCCUAACAGAUCCCAGAUCCGAGCGUCCCAGAUCAGACAUUCCAUCGCAAAGUCCGAGGAGCACUGUUUUCGACAACGAGAAAGAAAACGUGGAUCGCUUGCACUGGGUGCACAAAUCCAACGACGCUACCGUAGGCCUGCAGUGGCACUACACUUAUCACCCAAGCGACUUGACUAACAUCGAGGGCUCGCAGAACAGUUACUAUCCGCAUCAGAACGUCGAUUCACAGCAAAAGGAAGACGAUACACAGCAGCAAUCGGAACCGUUCGACUUCAGUCAACAGGAGACCCAAGAUCAACAGACAUCUAAGGAAACGCAUAUUUCUCGAAUACCUCAGGUCCAACGCGACCAGCGUGAUCAACAGCUGGGGUCCUUUCAACAAGCCGACGCGUCCCAUUUUGACACUCAGGUUUAUCAGAACUCUGAGCAAGCUGCACUGGGAGUGAUACCACUACACAAUUCGCAAACUACAGAGCAGACAGAACAUAAGAUGGAGUCGCGGAUCCUGGAAGCCUACGGUGGAGGGCCCUAUGAUGCCUCGCGUAACGAUGACAUUUAUAGAAGAGUCAGGCCAAACCCCAGCGCAACUUUGCCACCUAUUCCAGGUGACGAAGACCCAUGGGAUAUCAGGGAGAAGCCAAGAGAGAUAAUACCAUGGACGGUAAUGAAUACUUUGCCUGUAGCAAGUACACCAGAUAACACUGCCACUACAACAGAAAAGAUAGAGAUUACUACGCAGAUAGUAGAAGCUACAACAAUGGAAGCACCGCCAUCCUUCUGGAGCAGACUUGGGCAUAAAAUAACCAGAACAUAUGAUAAAGCUAAGGAAAAGGCUAAAGAGUACUUCGGUUAGGUAUCUUUCUCUUUCUCUUUCUCUUUCUCUCUCUCUCUCUCUCAUGUUUUCUACUUAUUUAAAAAUUACUUUUAUUUAUACAAAAUUUUGUCAGCAAAAUUUCUCUAUUCUAUAUACUCCUUUUCGAUACAUUGCAUUGUUACAUUUAUUUGUAACAUGUAUUUGUAGUUAUCGAUAACACCAAGACAAAUCUAAUACAUAAUUAUGAUACAAGUUUGCAACUUCAUUUAAUAUAUACUCUAAGUUAGUAUUAUAAAACAUUACUAUAUAAGAUAUACUUUUCACAUUUCUUAUAAAGUAAAAAUAUAUUAAUAUAUGUCGUCUGUUUUGUACAUCAGUAUAUACAGAAACAAAAUUUUUAUUCUACAUCUUUAUUUAAGCAUUUCUUCACACGACAUCUUUAUAUAGUUUUUGCAUAAAAUAUUUUCAUUUCAUCAAUGAUUCAAAUAUAGAUACAAGGAAAAUUUAAAUACGAUUAAAAGAUUAAUGAUACAUAUAUAAUAUAUAAAGUAAAGCCAAUUGUAAUCACAUUUUUCUUCUUAAUAAUGUUAAGGAAGAAUGUCAGCGAAAGAAAAGAUCAAACUUAUGUGUUCCGUACAUAUUAAUAGAAUAAAAAUAUUUUACAUAAAUAAA